CCGGCGUGUCUCGCUCGGAGGCUGAGGUUCGAACGUGGACUGCUCGUGUCGUGCUGUGGACUAUGCGGAGGCGUGUUUGCGGAGCUACAACACUUUCUGGACUUUGAAUGCCCCCGAACAGCCUUCCUGUAACUUUAUCUAAACUUGGUUAGAAGAUGGAAAACUCAGAAGAAUCCUGCAGCAGUUCUGCCAGUUGUCUGACCUGGGAUCAGGUGAUCCGGCUCAACGAAGUCCUCACCGACGUCAUCCCCAUCCACGGGCGGGGGAACUUCCCCACGCUGGAGGUGCAGCUGAGCGACAUCUUGGCGCGCGUGCGCCGCCGCCUGGAACGGCGGGGCAUCCGGGUGAAGGACGUGCGCCUGAACGGCUCCACCGCCAGCCACGUGCUGGAGCAGGACGGCAGCUGGAGCUUCAAGGACCUGGACGUCAUCUUCAGGGUGGACCUGCCCAGCGAAGCAGAGUUCAAGCUCAUCAAGGACGACGUCCUGGACGUUCUGUUGGACCUCCUGCCCGACUGCGUCAACAAGGAGAAGAUCACGCCCAUGACGCUCAAAGAGGCGUACGUCCAGAAGCUGGUCAAGGUCUACACGGAGCAGGACCGCUGGAGCCUCAUCUCCCUCUGCAACAAAAACGGCCGCAACGUGGAGCUGAACUUCGUGGACUCCAUACGCCGGCAGUUCGAGUUCAGCGUGGACUCCUUCCAGAUCGUGCUGGACCCCAUGCUGUCCUACUACCAGCACAUGCAGGUGCCCCUGUCGGAGGACGUCCACCCCCUGGUAAUGGGGGAGAGCGUGUACGGAGACUUCAACGCCGCGCUCAACCACCUGCGCAACAAGCUCAUCGCCACCAAGCGGCCAGAGGAAAUCCGCGGCGGCGGCCUGCUCAAGUACUGCAACCUGCUGGUGCGGGACUUUCGACCCGCCAACCAGGAGGAGUUCAAGGCCCUGGAGAGGUACAUGUGCUCGCGCUUCUUCAUCGACUUUCCCGACAUCGGCGAGCAGCAGCGCAAGGUGGAGUUGUACCUGCAGAUGCACUUCAUCGGGGAGGAGAAGAGCAAGUACGACUACCUGCAGAUCCUGCGCAAGGUGGUGAACGAGAGCACGGUGUGCCUGAUGGGCCACGAGCGGCGGCAGACCCUCCACCUCCUCUCGCUGAUGGCGCUGAGGGUCCUGGCCGAGCAGAGCGCCAUCCCCGACGCCUCGUCCGUGACGUGCUACUACCAGCCGGCGCCGUACGUCAGGGACCACAACUUCAGCAACUACUAUGUGGCCAGCCAGAAUAUUCCCACCUGGCUGCCGUGUAACUGAGGCGGCGGGAAAUCCGGCGUUGGAGACGAAAUGUAAAAAAAAAAAAGUGAGAGAAAAAAAAUGAAAUGGAUCCCACAAAACGUAAGCGGCGAUGGACGCAGCGAUCCUCCAAUGAAGUGGCCAAGUGUUUUUCUUUAGAAUCUGGGCUCAUUCCUUUGCCACAAAGGUGACGACAUUAAAAAGACGGCAAUAGUUUUUACUCCGUUCUUGUUUUUUUUCAGAGUUUAGUUGUUUUUCCUCCUGGAGAUGUUUGUGCCUUAACCUCCAGCUUCACUCGUCCUCCAGCGGUUCUUUGAGGAAAAGCUCUGGGGCUCAGAUUUCAGCUCCGUGGUGUUUAAAAAAAUAAAAUGUAAAAAAAGUAUAAAUAGAGCUGUUAUCGGGGCGAUUAACGGUGUAAAAACAGAAAAAAGAUGAAAAGCGGGAAGCGGAUGAUGUCAUCGGCGGUCAUCGGGGGGUUCGGCGGCGGCGCUCUCUUGUGACUGUUGGACAUUUUCCUGUAAGGUCGUUCCUCCUCUGACGUCGGCGUGUUUUUUUUGAAAGCGAUGUGGACACCCUCCCCCCCCCCGGUUCUAUCCGGUUUCCUCAGGCCUGUUCUGUCCACACCAGCUCCCGGUUCAGGUUUCAGGCUCUCUGUGUUCCUAAAGAGGUCAGCCGUGACCUCGCUGCGUCAGGCCUGCGCCUCCGCCUGACGCCCGUGAAGGGGUGGGGGGGAGGGUCGCCUCCUCCUCCCUCCUCCUCCUCCUCCCCCCUUAAAAGGAGCAGAGACCCGGUGGCCCCCGCGGCUCUGCCAGGAGCCCUGAAAGGAGAUCAUCCUCUGUCGCAGCUAAACUUAUCCUCCUUCUCCUGGAGGAGCUGCCUUUGUGGAGGGGGGGGGGGGGGGUUGUGUGUGCAGAGGGGGGCAGGGGUCUUGUCCCUGUCAGGUGCAUGCUGGGAUUGUUCAGCGUCUGAACCCCUUUUUUGGUCAUGGGAGGACAGAUGGUGCAUCUGCUUCCAGACUUAGUUUUUGAUGAAUGUGGAAGCCCCCCCCCCCCCCCCCCCCAUGAAUUUCUAUUUCUAGUAGUCUAUUAUGGGAUGUCUCGUAGCUGCUGUUACUAUCAUGUCUUUGCCCCCCCCCCCCCCCCGGUUCUGUGGAGGCGUUCUCGCAUAAGGACCCUCCCUGGUUUCUCUGAAGGGUAGUUUUCUGCCCCCCUGCUCCUGUCACAGGCUUGUGGGGGGCAGAUAACUGCUGGCGGGGGGGCUUAUCUGAGUGACUCACAGCACAGAACGCUGAAGUUCACCUACAGUCUGAGUCAUGGGGGGGGGGGGGGGGGGUCGGCAGCUGAACCGCCAAACGUGCCUGUUUUCUCUGCCGCCUUUUAUUCAUGGAUUUUUAUUGGUGACAGCGGGGGGGGGGGGGGGGGUCUCUCAGUAUUUGGUAAUUUCUGUUCAGUCCGCAGGUUCAAAUCCUGCCUAACUGAGCAGGACUCGCACCUUUUGAUGCCUCCAGUUUUUCUAUUGGUCCUCCCACAGCAACACCUGAGCAGGUGAGCUGCAGGGCAGACGUCUGCAGAGACGGCGGCGGCGGCGCCGUAGAUGCAUAUGAGUGGAUUGCAGAGCUGAAGCCGCUUUUCUGAGCUUCAGGUGUUUAGUGCUUUGACUCUCAUUGGUCACCUUUAGUCCAGCCUCGGCGCUGUGUGGCCGCCUCACCGAGUCUGACCCCCUGCCUCAGGUUGGUCACCUGUGUGCACCUGUGAGGGGGCGGGACCAGCGGUUGCAGGCGUUCAGUCAGAAGCUCACGGUUUCUGCUGUUUUUCUCCCCGAGAGCUCAGAUGAGAAAACUUUACUUCCAGAGGAAGUGGGAUGCUGAUGCUGAAGCCCUCUUUUCCAGGGUGAACAUGUCAAUAUGGGGGGGGGGGGGGUGAAUUCUUUUUGUUACUUUUCUGCUGUAAAAUGUUGGUACCUGCUCCUCUGUUGGGUGUAACUAGUUUUCUUUGUCCUUUGAUGGGGGGGGGGGGGGGGGCAAUGAUGUGAAUAUCAGUGGUUUUGCUUGUCAGAGGAACAAGUCUGAACCAGAGGAAUGUGAUGCUGCAGACGCUCCACAGGCAGAUGCAUGAUGGGAUACCUGUGGUGUUGAGGAAAAAAACUGACAGGGAAAAAGACGUGUAGCACUUUUUUGUUUAUUGCUAUGGAAACACAAAGGAGCGUUAUUGUCAGCUUUGUGAUGUAAAGAUGACUUGGAGGUUCCAGCCUGUUUAAUUUUUCAGCACUUUGACCUCACUUGAGUUUUUCCCUUUUGAAUGGAAAUGUGUGUACAUCAUCAGGACGUGUGUGUUUGAAGAGGAAGAUGUGAAUAAAGAUCAUUACAUGCACCUCCA